AUGCAGGCGGCGCAACCGAACAAUGACACUGAUGGUCCAGACAACACGAAAAAGGAUGCACUCGCCCAAGCGUUUGAAGACAUGGUAUAUAUUGUAAACCAGGGCCUCAACAGCAAUACGGCUACACACAAUACUAUUUUUGACAAAUACUUCCUACCCGAACAUAAAGAUGCCGUCAAAAAGCCACCAAUGAUCCCCCGAGUUUCAACAGGCGCCGAUAUAUCAUCUGCUAUCGAUGUUCAUCCAGAAGACCAUCUAGUGACCAUGAUAAAACAAUGUAGCGGACUGAACCCUAACAAGAAACCUCUUGCAUAUACCAACCAACAAAUCGAUCGACGGACCACAAACACAAAUGCACUUCUGCGAUACCAAUGCUAUGAUGCUUAUGCAUGCAUACCCAAAAUUUGA